AAAUCCCCUCUCUGCCCCCCAAGGCUCCCGGUGCCCCCCUCGAUCUUCUCCUGGCACCCUGAGACUUUUCCUUGUGCCCCACGGGCCCCUGCUCGCACCCAAAAUUGCCCAAAAAGUCCUCUCCUCAUGGCCAGCGGCUCCCUGUGCGCGCUCUGAGGUCCCCUGCUUGCACCCCGAUUGUCCCCGAGGUCCCCGCCUGUCCCCCGAGGUCCCCGCUUGUCCCCCGAUGUCCCCAGCUGCCACCCAGCCCGAGCAGAGGCAGCGCCCAUGGAGUUCUCGGAGCUGAUCAAGACGGCGACCGUGGAGGACGCGCUGCUGCUGCGGCCGGGGCUGCCGGCGCUCCGGGGCACCCUGUGCAUCACCAGCCACCACCUGCUGCUCUCCUGCCGCCCCCGCGGCGACCCCGAGCUCUGGCUGCUCAUCCGCAGCGUGGACGCCGUGGAGAAAAGGGUCUCGGGCUCGUCGGGCACCAUCACCCUGCGCUGCAAGGACCUGCGGGUGCUGCAGCUGCAGAUCCCGGGCGCGGAGCGGUGCCUGAACAUCGCCAGCUCCAUCGAGGCGCUCUCCUCGGUGGACUCGGUGAUGAUGAUGUUCCCGUUCUUCUACCGCCCGCCCAGCCUGCGCCUGGAGCAGGGCUGGCACCAGUUCCCCCUGGAGCGCUUCUUCCAGCGGAUCUCCUCGCAGACCAGCCAGUGGCGGCUGAGCACCGUGAACAGCGAUUUCAGCGCCUGCCCCUCGUACCCGCCCGCCGUGAUCGUGCCCGCGGCCGUGGGCGAUGACACCGUGGCCAGGGCGGCGCGGUUCCGCCACGGCGGGCGCUUCCCGGUGCUCAGCUACUUCCACGCCAAAACCGGCACCGCGCUGCUCCGCAGCAGCCAGCCCCUGACCGGGCACCAGCGCCGGCGCUGCCGGGAGGACGAGAAGCUCCUGGGGACCCUCCUGGACGAGGGCGAGCGCGGAUUCAUCAUCGACACCCGCUCGGAGCAGGCGGCCAAGCAGGCGAGGAUGAGCGGGGGAGGCACCGAGCCCAAAUCCUGCUACCCGCAGUGGAGGAGGCUGCACCGGGCUCUGGAGAGGGGCCGCCCGCUGCAGGAGAGCUUCACCCGGCUGGCGGAGGCGUGCAGCGACCCCGCGCCCAGCACCGAGCGCUGGCUGAGCCGCCUGGAGAGCAGCCGCUGGCUCAGCCACGUCAAGGCCGCCCUGAGCACGGCCUGCCUGGCUGCUCAGUGCCUGGACAGGGAGCGCAGCGCGGUGCUGGUGCACGGCGCGGAGGGCACGGACACCACGCUGCUGGUGACAGCGCUGGCACAGCUCAUCCUGGACCCGUCCUGCCGCAGCCUGAGCGGCUUCCAGGGGCUGCUGGAGCGGGAAUGGAUCCAGGCCGGGCACCCGUUCCAGCUGCGCUGCGCCCGCUCGGCCGCCGGGCACGGCCGGGCCAGGCAGGAGGCGCCGCUUUUCCUGCUCUUCCUGGACUGCGUGUGGCAGCUGAGCCGGCAGUUCCCGCUGGCGCUGGAGUUCGGGGAGAAGCUGCUGCUCGUCCUCUUCGACAACGCGUACGCGUCCGCCUGCGGCACCUUCCUGUGCAACUGCGAGAGGGAGAGGAGCCUGUGCAAGGUGAGGGAACGCACACACUCGCUGUGGGCCUGGCUGGACCAGCCUGAGGAGAGGCACAAGUACCUGAACCCGCUCUACUCGCACAACCCCUUGGUGAUCUGGCCCUCGGUGGAGCCCCAGAGCAUCCAGCUCUGGCAGGGGUUAUUCCUGCGCUGGGUCCGCCCUUCCCAGCACCUGGACGAGGCCUGGGAGCAGAUCCGGAGGUUGGUGCAGGGCAGCAGCUCCUGCAGCGAGGAGAGCUCGGGGGAAAGGCUGGGCCAGCCCCCACCUGAGCCCGCGGAGGGGACAACUGAGGGGACAGAGAGCGGCAGGUGAAGCACUGAGAAAUCCCAUGGGAUUGUGUUGGAGUCUGGAACAUCCCUGUGGCCACCCUGGAGGGUUUGGAGACUGGGCAGGGGGUCUGGGGUCUGUCCCAGGGGCUCAGGCAGCCUCACACAGAGCCCAGGAGGGCACUGCCUCUGAUCCCUGCCAUGGCAGUGAAUGCCCACAGUGUGUGAACAAUCACAAGCUGGGAGAAUUCAAAAUAAGCAGUAUUUAGUUUAUCAUAGAAUGUAAAUGUAGAAUUUGGGAUUCUCAGUGUAUGGGGUUGAAGAGACAAGAUGGAGGAAUUGGGGAGUGGCCCCUGUGCUCCUUGUUCUUGCUCUCGUCCCCCAUUUUGUGCUGAGUUGGGUUUUAGAGAUUGGUUUAGAGUAGAACAGACAUGUUAGCAUAGGGAGUAGGCAUUGGUACAAUUUUGUAAAUAAAAAGUUCAUUGUGGACAGUGGUUGGGUCAGGGGUACUGUACAUAAGGUGAUUCUGCCUUUGGGCCCAGUUUUGAGGAAGGAAAGAGGAAAAAAAAAACCCAACCAAACCCCUCAGGAGGGACAGGAGGGUGAGCAGCACGAGCUGCUGGGCAGGAAAUGAGUGUUCCAUGAGGAAACUGGCUCGGGGUCAGCCCAGCAGAUAAACAGAGCAGCGUGUGUGUGCAAACAAUUCCUGCUGCUGCAUUUCCAGGCUUUUCACACUCCAGGGGCUGUGGAGCCUCCCUGGGAAGGAGUUCAGGGAUGGGCAGAGGUCCCAGGAGGAGCUCCAGGGGUGUGGGACACAGCAGUGAUAACAGAGCUGGGAAAACAAAGCCCUUGCGUUGAGUUUGGUCCAGAUGGAAAAAAAAACCCAUAAAAAAAUUCCCCAGAGGUGUUUUCCUUGUGUUUAGAAAAGAUUUUUAUUUAUUUCCUGUUUUUUUUUCCCCUCCCCAAUUUAUAAAUAUGCCCAGCAGGCAGGCAGCCAGCCCAGUUCCCUUCACCCUGCUUCCAGUAAAAACCAUUCCUGCCCUUUGAGAGCUGCUCCAGCUUCCCAAAAUCGCUGCCAGGGACACCCUCAGCCCUGUGGUGGAGCCCACGGAGUGGGAGAAGGGAAAAGAAGAGGAGAG